AUGGAGCAUCGAAAAGGUUCUUUAAAUGUUGUGCCGGACACCAUUUCGCGUUUUGACGUGGACGAACUCUCUUCUACCCCACCUCUAGAAAUUGACUUGGCAUCACCGGAAUUCGACGGCGUAGAGUACUCGGAGCUUCGUGAAACAAUUGAAAACAAUCACGAAGGGCUGCCCGAUCUACGCAUAGUCGACAAUAGAGUUUACAAAAGAGUGAUGUUUCGAAGAGGUGUGGAAGAGGAAGAGGAUUCGCUCUGGCGUUUGUGGUUACCGGAAGUGCUGACGGUGCUCGCAAUCAAAUGUUCACACGAUUCCAAUGCUAGUUACCAUGGAGGUUGGCAGAAAACUUUAGAGCGCGUUCGGCAGAAAUACUUUUGGCCGCAAAUGGCAAAGGACAUACGCCUCUAUGUAAACCGUUGCGAAACCUGCAAAGCCGUGAAAGCCACCAAUGAAGUGUCCAGACCACCUAUGGGCAAUGCCUUUGUAUCCGAGAG